AAAAGGCAGCAGCGUGAUUCAUCUGCUUCAUACAAUCAGUCGAGUGCAUCAGUAACUUUAAGCUCUCUGACAGUCUCAAGAUGAUGAAACUUCUUUUGGGGGUAUUUCUUGGACUUCUUGCUGUUGUCCAGUCAACACCUAUUACCUCUGAGACCCACAUCCCCGUCGAACCCGUGGCUGAAUUUUUCCGAGAGGUCCUGGGGGACGGCUUCCUCGUCCCUUCGCUCACGACCGAGACAGCCAAAACGCAAUCGACCCUUGAAGCGUCCCAGCAGACGUCCACCGAGUCGAGCCCGACCACAGCUCAGGAGGAUGUUUCCAGAGACUCUGUUCUCCUUUUCCACUCAACCCAGUCACCACAAACAAACGAGACCGCUCAAGAGUCUCAGCAGACAUAUUCCAACGAGAGCGACGAGGUCGAGGGGAGUGCAGCAGGAGUGAUCUUCUGGCAUGUAGUCGACGACUACACAACCACAACUCAGAGCUCAGCCUCCACGCAGGAGACCGAAGGCUCCACAGAGUUCGAUGCCGCUGAACUACCAACUGUAUCCACGACUAUGGAAGCAUCUCAGUGGGGGUUAUUUGAUACGAUGGAGGGCAGCGCGUUGGGACAGAUCGAAGACAUGUUCCCGACCUCCUCCUGGCAUGAAAGCUCCACAGCCAUACCCUCCACCACCGAGGCCAGCACAGAUUCACCCACCAGCGUGCUGAGCCCUGGUUUCGGACACGUAGACGAGGAGUUGAUUACCAUCACCAUAUCCGAUUCAUUGGGCUCAGACUCAGGCUCAGGAAUGUUUGUGGAGUUGACGCAAAACGUUCAAAACCAUGGUCGACUAUUCAGUAAUGAAACACCAGAGAAGAUAAAUUCUCCCAUCCCAGACCCAGAACAGCACAAAGGACACAGUACACCAGGUUGGAUCAUUAUCGUCGGUUUCAUCGUCGGUGUCGCAGCACUUGUGAUGCUCUGCGUUGCCAUCGCUACUAGAGACAAGUGGAACGGACCACGCCAGGCGUCCACAGCAAACACCGAACCCAACCCCUCCAACCAGCAGAGGGCGGUGGAGAUGGAGACUUUCCUGCGCAAGGACGAGCCCAGGGAGAACGGAAAGGCGGCAGAGUACACGGUGAUCCCCCUGGACGAGCUUUCAGAGAGUUAUUCUUAACAGCGAGGCUCGCGAACGGACUCUCCGGAGGCCCGACACCCAUCACACAAACCCUAAGACUGUAUUCGAAGCAGAUGAAUUCGAUCAGAGGAGCCGAGCUGUCCAAAAAAUGUUGUUGUAUUACUGAGGAAUUAGACGGCUCUGAGCCUCGUACGAAUGUUGGUCUGUUUUUUUGGUUUUUUUCCCUGCUGACUUUUAAAAGCUUUUACUUUUACUUUGAAGCUGCGGCAAUGUGUCACUUCAUAUAUUUAUUGAGAUUUGUUAAUCUCAUAUACAAUAUAGAAAACUGGUCAGGUAGUGUGAAUGUCAUUUAUUUCAAAAAAAUGCAGCUGAAAAGUCUUUACAGUGUUUUGUUUUUUUUCUCCUUGGUUUUCCGUUGUAAUUAUUAUUGUGUGUGUUUUUAUCAUGUGUUUGUAAUGAUCUCAUUGAAGACUGUUGUGGAUUGUAACUUAUUUUAAGCUGCUGUUGUUUUCUCGUGUUCGUCACGGACGCUCGGAGCACCGAACUGUGCUCAGCCUGCAAUACUUCCUCCUGUCGGUCCAAACAGCACCUGAGCUGCUGCAUGGUGCACUUAUUGACCGUUCAUUUCCUGUACCCUCCUUUCCAGUGACAAAUAAACACAACGGUGGUUCAUCAAUAAACA